GUAAAACCUUUUUGUGUACCUCUCUGCCCCCAGACUGUUCGCGCUGUCCCUCUGUCCCUCCCACUCAGAGUUCUCGCCGGCCGACUCCGACGUCAUAGAUGACCGUUGCAGCGUCACUUCUGUCUUCGAUGACUUCCUGCCCUCUACCGGAAGCGCGUCAUUAGAGCGGCGCAUGAGCGCUUCUCGCUCCCCGUCUUCCGGCGGAACCGGAAGUCGUAAACUGGUGCGGCGAGUGUUCACCAACACCCGAGAGCGGUGGAGACAGCAGAACGUGAACGGCGCCUUCUGCGAGUUGAGGAAACUCGUCCCCACGCACCCGCCCGACAAGAAGCUCAGCAAGAACGAAAUCCUCCGUCUGGCAAUUCGCUACAUCGACCUGCUCAACAACGUGCUGGACUUCCAGCAGAAGGAGGAGGCAGACGACACGUGAGUGGUGGGAACUGACAGACAGACUUCUGCGGGCUCUCACAGCUAAGUGCGCGAAUCUCUCACGUGAUAUCUGGACGGACGGAGGGCAAUCUCUACAGACAGUGAAAGUGAAAGUGAAACAGGGGAGAACCGAAAUGUCGUUUCUUCGGAGACUGUUGAGAAUUUCUUGAAAAGAAAAGAAAUCAGAUGAGGUAGUGCUUGAAGAAGCUCACGCUUGCCGCUCGCUGAUGAAAACAAUUUGGACGAGGCAAAUGUAGUUUCUGAGACACUUAAGCAGACAUAAGGGCCUUGAACAUCCGCUCUCAGUAGUAAAAGUGAAGGUAAACAAGGCAGUGUUUUACCCGGAGCAUCAGAGCAUUUAACAUGAAGAGCCUAAACAGAUGGGGGACGGGGAAAGAUCAGGAUAAAAUUGCUUUUUUAAGCAUUCGAUCAAAAAAAUAAAUGGCGAACCAUGAUCGCUGAUGUUUGUCGCAGAUUUGGCACUUGAUGAUAACAUGGAAGUGAAAUUUCAACAACGAUUUGUUUCCCAAACUGUUCUAGAAAUAAUAAUAAUAAUAAUAAUAAUAA